AUGCCUCCUUUUUUGUCGUCUCUACCCCUCUAUCCUCUCCCCCACCCACCUGCCACUUCCCCUCUCCCUCCCUCCCCUCUCCCAAACCCCCUCCCUGCCUAUUCCCCACCUCCGAAUCCUCCCCUCCUAACCCUCUGCCCCCCUCGCAGUUGUGUCCCCCGCUACCUCCUCUCGCCCCCUCUUCACUACCAAACCCGAACUCGAGAGCGGUAUCCCCUGGGCCUGGCGGCUCUCCUGCCCCUGCUGGCUCUCCUACUGCUGUCCCCAUCUCCAAACCCGAAGGCAAUGCCACCUGGGCCCGGAGCCCCACCUGCCCCUGCUGGCCCUCAUGCUGCUGCCCUUGCUGUCCCCUCUCCUCUCCUAUACCAGCCGGCCUCUACUACCCCUGCUGACCCUCCAGCUGCUGCCCCUGCUGUCCUCUUUCCUCUUCCCUACUAG